AUGCACUCGAACACCUCCUUCUUACGCCGCCGCGUCCCCAUUUCAAAUGAGGGUUGUAACAACUUGAAGCAGAGUGACCAGUUCGCCGCUACUCGUCUUGGUUCCCAGAAGUUGGUACAAGCAUUGCCUAUGGAAGACCCCGAGGAGCCCACGUUCGUUAGCUCCAACAGUUGUUCUUUCGCUGAUGGGCCGCGUCUCUUGCUUCCCAACACUAGUGCUGCACCCGCUGGUACGCUGCUCACUGCUCUGAAUAUCCACUCCAAUGUCUCAAUUAUCCAAGCGCCCACUGUUCACACUGCUCAAACACACCAUCGGCCCAUCACCAUCACGCCCUUGUCUCCACUCAUUCACCCCUUCGACAUCAAUUAUGCGAACGCUUCGAUGCCGCCGCCCGUGAAGGACCGUCGAUCUUUAUCAAAAUACUCGUAUUAUCACGUCAUAUCACAUGUGUGGUCUUCACGUUCGUUAAUAGAAAUUCCCCCAACCGGGCAUUGUAUCGUCCAUGACCCACUACUCUACAGCUCCAUGCAAGGCACUGAAAUUGUUCAGUUGAUCUUGAAUGGGAGAGAUAUACAGAUGGAUUCUCUACCUUGA